CGCGCCCAGUACUGUAUAUGUCAUAUCCCACGUCUUACCGAUGUACUGCGCCCGAUCUUCGUCUUCUCCCGGAUAAAACAAAAAUGGAUACAUCACAUCGACAAUAAAAUACACGCUCUUUUUGAAUGAUAUAUUGUGAAUAAAAGUGCUUGUGGUUAUAAUGCAUGCGGACGAAAUCUGGGGUCUUUCCCAUGACCAAGGGGACCAUGUCAAUGGAGGAGACAGCAGAUACCUUCACCAUCCUGUUCAGUGAAAUGAUGUGAACACCUGUGAGGCUGUUCUCCAGUCUUUACUGACCCAAUGGAGAAAGUCCAUUAAAACAGUGUUUUAGUCCAGGACUAGGCUUAAUCUGUGUCUGGGAAAGCAGCCCUAUGUGUAUGAUGAAUGUGACCAGUCUGCCGUCAGUCUGCCACCACCACACCUACAACAGCAGCCUGGGCCCGAGGUCCUCCUCCUCUUCCUCCCCUGGCUGGGCCCUGAUCCACACGGCUACCCUCACUUCCUGCUCCCUCCUCCUCAUCCUCAUAUUCUUUCUGGGUUCUUACGGCAACCUGGUGGUGUUCCUCUCCUUCUUCCACCCGGCCUUCCGCAAGUUCCGCACCAACUUCGACUUCAUGAUCCUGAACUUAUCAUUCUGUGAUAUGAUUAUAUGUUGCGUGACUGCGCCGAUGUUCGCAUUGGUGCUUUUCCUGGACUCAGGAGGAGGGGGUGGCGUGUCAAAGACUUUUUGCUUCACCUUCCACCUGACCAGCUCUGCCUUCAUCAUCAUGUCUCUGGAGACGGUAGCUGUGAUCGCCCUCCAUCGGCUCCGUAUGGUCCUGGGCCAGCAGCCCAACCGCAUGGCCUCGCUCCCCUGUACUCUGGCUCUCACCGCCCUCCUCUGGACCUCUAGCUUUACUAUGGCUGCCCUGCUCACCCUGCGAGCCUACCCCAUGAAGGAGGGACCCUGCCUGCCUCACUUCGGCCUAACGGGUGGGCCUGCAAGGGUGGUUCUAUAUGUCUACCUGGCAGACUUUGCAUUCUGCGUGGCGGUGGUGUCUGUCUGCUACCUGAUGAUCGCUAAGACGCUGAGGAAGAAUGCACAGGUGAGGAAGUGCCGCGUCAUCACUGUAGACGCCACACGCCCGCCGCUACCACAACCCCCUCCCCCGCUCAUGGCGGCCGGCUUAGAGAGCAUGCAGUGUGCCGUCCAGGUUCCUUCACUCUACCGCAACCAGACCUACAACAAGCUCCAACACAUUCAGACUCACUCCUACACUAACAGACCCACCAGCCAGGGUCUAGUACCCGGGGCUGCCCAGGGAGCUACCUGCUGCCAGCUCGUCUCUACCGUCAACCUGGCCACAGCUAAAGACUCCAAGGCUGUAGUAACCUGUGUGGUGAUUGUAUUCUCCGUCCUUCUCUGUUGUCUCCCCAUGGGCGUCUCCUUAGCCCAGGACGUCCUCUCUCCAGAGAGCAGCUUCGCUCACUACCAGUUCGAACUGUGCGGUUUCGCACUCAUCUUCCUCAAGUCGUGCAUCAACCCAUUCGUGUACUCUCGCAACAGCGCCGGGCUUCGCCGGCGCGUCCUCUGCUGCCUCCAAUGGGUAGCGCUGGUGUUCCUCUGCUGCAAGCACAAGACACGGCUCCAUGCCAUGGGUAAAGGUAGUCUCGAGGUCAACCGUAACAAGUCCUCGCACCACGAGACCAACUCUGCCUAUGUCCUCUCACCCAAGCCACAAAGGAGACUGGUGGAUCAAGCCUGUGGACCCAGUCACUCCCGGGACUGUGCCCCCAGUCCGAGAGCUACGGGCGGGCAUGGUGGGCGUAAGCCCAGGGCCCCUAGCACCUCCACCCCCAUCAACACCCGUAUCGAGCCCUACUACAGUAUCUACAACAGCAGCCCCUCUGCAGGACCCGGCUCCCCUACCAACAGUCUGCAGCCUGCUGCCAACUCCUCCUCCUCCCAGGCCUUUGGGUUCAACAAGUCCUACGUUGCCAUGCACUAUCACAUCCACCAGGAGGUGCUGCAGGACGUUGAGAGCACCUCAGCCCAUAAGAUACCCAUACCUUCAGUCUGACUAACCACCAUGAUUGAUUGGAUCCCUUCAGUCUAAACUGACGAAUAACCUUGGCUUAGACCUGAAGACUUGUGUUGGCUCGCCAAUUUAAUGCCAAUAGGCUUUAGUUCAGUGGGCUAACAUAGUCUUGUGGUUCUGCCGGACUUUGAGAGCACCUCGGUGCAUCAGAUCUCCAUACCUUCAGUUUAACUUACCACAAUGAUUUAUACAUGAAUUGAUUUGUUUAUUGAUCAGAUACUGUACUUCGAGUGUAACCCUGCCACCAUGCUGAAAUUUGAGAGGGAUUGGGCACAUAGAUCAGGGAUGCUAAAAGUUACUAUAAUAUUAUAUGACUAUCACCACAAGACACCAGAGAAUAAACGGUACUAAUUGUCUGAAUAUCAUGUGGUACUGAACUGUUAGAGGUAAAGAAUAACCCCCAUUGACUUUAGAAUAUUAAAUGGAUGAUCUCUUAGUCCAGAGGGAGAGAAACAGCACUGAUCCCAUAUUAUUGAUGUUACUGAAAUAAGUGGAAUCACUUUUUACACUGACAUGACAUUUUUCAUAUUGUACAAUUUAUAUGGUCUUUCUCAUCAUAAUAAUACUGUAUUUGUGAGUCUCAUACAUGUUCUAUGAUAUCAGUAAAUGUUUUGCAAGUGCAAUGUGUCCAGUGCGCUCCUGGCAAAGAAAAUAUCUUAAUUGAAGAUCUAUUGUAGAUCCAUCAUCUACUCUUGUGGAGUAAGAGACCUCUGGUGGUCAACUAAUCAACCUGCAACUAACUGUCCAAGCUUUUGUCAAGUCACACAGUGAUGUCCAGUACAGAUGCU